AUGGACCCAGCGGUCUCUGAGGAGAGGCUCAGGAGGGAGACUGCUCACCGGCCCGGACGGCCGGUGGAUUCACAGCCUGACACGCCGGCCCCGACGUCAACACGGAAACAACGUUCGCGCCGCCGGCGCUCCACACCGCAGCCAAGUUCCCGGACAUCUCAAGAGCCGGCUGUGGAGCUCAGCGAGCGGCAGGAGCCCGCGUCGCCAGCAGAGGAGCUCAGCGAGCUGGAGCUGGAGCUCAGCAAGCCGCAGCAGGAGCUCAGCAAGCGGGAGGAGCCCGUGCCGCCAACUGAAGAUCUCGGCGAGCCGGAGCAGGAGCUCGGCGAGCGGGGGAAGCCAGCGCCGCCACCGGAGCAGGAGCUCAGCGAGCCGGAGCAGCCAGCGCCGCCGCCGGAGGAGCUCAGCGAGCCGGAGCAGGAGCCCGCACCGCCUCCGGAGGAGGGACCGGCGUCGCCAGCUGAGGUACUCAGUGAGCCGGAGGUGCCCGCGCCGGAGCUCGGCGAGCCGGAGGAGCUCAGCGAGCCUGUGGAGCCCGCGCCGCCACCGGAGGAGCUCGACGAGCCGGAAGAGCCCGUGCUGCCCGCGGAAGACCUCGGAGUGCCGGAGGGACCACCACGUCCGCGACCCGCAUGGCCACCACGUCUGCGACUAGCACGUCCGCGACCUGCAUGUCCACGACCGGCACGUCGUAGAUCAGGUUCCACACCUUGCGGAACCUGGAGAGGCGGCUGCAGGAGACGCGAACGUCGUUUCCGUGUAGACGUCAGGGCCAGCGUGUCAGGCUGUGAAUCCACUGGCCGUCUGGGCCGGUGAGCAGCCUGAGUAGGAGAGUGGAGGUGGAGGGUAGAAAGCAGAAAGUCCAGGACGACUGGGUUGAGGGAGUCCACCAGCCAGGGAAACUUAAAAAGCGUCUCCUUGCGGUUGCUCGUCGGAGCUACGCCGCCGUCGCCGGUACUGGGGCAAGCCGCCGGAGAAGCAGCGCCGCCGCCGUCACUGGGCCCGGGGCAAGGCGUCGGAGGAGCAGCGCCGCCGCCGUCACUGGGCCCGGGGCAAGCCGCCGGAGGAGCAGCGCCGCCGCCACUGGAUCAGUGGCAGGCCACCAGAACCGUUUCGCCGCUGCUGCCGGACCCGUGGCUGCCCGCCGGAGCUGCUGCGUUUCCAUCAAGGGGUAGAGGUAGGCCACCUGAACUGUUUUGCCGCCACUGCCUAACCCACAGCAGGUCCCGCUUGUUUUGCCGUCCUGCGGGUUGGCCGCCAGAACUGUGUUUGCUGCCACUGGACUGGGGGUUGGACUAUUGAACUGGGUUUUUCUUUUGUUGUUUUGUGGUGGCUGUUUAGCGGAGAGGUUUUGGGGCCCUCCGUCCUGGACCCCCCACCACCCGCCCUGGGUUGGUUGUACUGUGGUUUUUGUGUUUGUGUUUUUGUUUUAGGGUCGUCGGGAGCCGACCUUUAGAGGGGGGUUACUGUCAGGGUCCUGGGUCUGAGCGACCCAGGGUCCCUGAGCAGUUAUGGACUUGUCUUGUAUUGUAUGUAUAUUUGGUGUUGCUGUCCCUCUUCUCCUUAUUUGCGGAUGUGUGUAUGUGUUUCUGCGAGCACCGGUUUGCAGGCGCCUUCAGGCCUGGUGGGUGUGGCCCUGCUGGCCACACCCGAAGCUCCUGCCACACACCUGCUGCUGAUCAGGGCUCGUCGGAGGAGCUACUUAGGAGAGUCUUGGAGCUCCCACCGACGCGGGAUCAUUACGUUAGACUCCCAAGAGGAACGUGGAGAGGAAGAGCAGCACGCACAGGGUGUGCAGAAACACGACAGUGGAGACAGGAACACGAGCACUGGGAAGAGGACACGACACGGGAGUUACGGGAGAGCACGGGGAUUUACUGUUAUUGUUCCACUCACUGUAAAUAAACGCACUGCUUAUACACAGACCACCGCGCCUGGGUCCUCAUUUCCCCACAUCCCCACGGUUUCCCCUGCCAAACCGUGACAGGAUUAUUAUGUAGUAUUAUUAUGUAGUAUUAAAAAGUAUAAUGUAGAUACUUUUUAAUCAGUUAAUGCAAGCUUAAAUAAAUAAUAAUUUGAUAAAGAAGUGUUUUACUGGUGAUUCCUCAAGGGGAUAACUGAACACGCUGUCACUAUGUGGUCACAUCUGGACUGAUGCGUUUACAGGCAGCAUUUUAAUCAUGAGUUUAAAGGCUGUAAGUUGCAGCCAUUGCUCUAACACUAACAAUGUAACGGGUCUCGGUGCUGGUUCUUACAGUUUGAGCUGCUUCAAGCUUUAUUAUUAAAAGCAUUUUCAUUCACUAAUCCAUGAGCUAGCAGGA